AUGCAAACCCACGUCAACCGGUGUUCAGAGUGCGGGAAGAACUUCCCCACGGGCCACUUCCUGAGUCUGCAUAUUGAAGAGAAUCAUGAUCCACUGGUUGCGACGAGACGAGAACGAGGAGAUAAGACAUACGGAUGUUUCAUCGAAGACUGCGAAAAGAAAUGCUCCACGCCCCAGAAACGACGGAUGCACCUAAUAGACAAGCACAUGUUUCCCAAGACGUACAACUUCUACAUCGUGAACGAUGGCAUCGACAAGCAGACUUCGCUACUGCGUCCAACGAACCAUCCUCGGCAUCGCAUGCCGAAUGCCCCGACCUCGCCCCAAGCGGGUCGGCUGAGGUAUAGAAAGACUUCUGUAUCUGAUUCGGAUCCUUCGGAACCGACGUCCGCGGAGAACGCAGCGCCUCGGGAGAAAGGGGAUACGGAUAUAUCGCAAUUGGAACAGUCCAUGUCUGCCCUGCGAUUUGUCCCGAAAAGCGUUGCUCAGAGGAAGAGCUAG